CCAUCUAGUCGCGCUGAGUUGCUAACCCCUCUGUGGAAAAUGGUAAAUAACCCCACAAAUGACUGCUAUCCUUUACACAACAUAAACAACUGCACAUGAAUUAACCUUCGUGCAGUUGAUACACGUGUCGAUUUGUCUUUUCAAUUCGGUACGAUGGAGGGCAUUCGGAUGGCUGCGUGAGACCUGGAUGCACAGGAGCCUGUGUGGUUAAACCCGACUGAGAUGCACUUCUCCACACCCUCACCAAAGCCUUUAUUUAGAAAUCAUCUGGAAUCACCAUCAGGCUGGGAGGUGUCGCUUGCUUUCUCCCGAUCGCAUAUAAGACAAGUUGAUCUUGGAGAACGCUGAAUGCUAGUGUGUGUGUGUGUGCACUUUUGUUCUCACCAAAGAUUAAGUUCGUUACGUUUAGCUGGCAGUCGAAGUUGUCCUCUGGCGAUCUUUUUCAUUGUGGUUUCAUUAGCACUGAACACAGUAAGACAGUUAACACAGUUCAACACGAUCGGAAAUGGAACCUAGGAACUUGGUCAGGCGUUCCAGACAAAGUGAGCAGUCGCAACACAGCGGCAACGAGAGUCUACGGAGACCUGGGGUCCACUCCGGGAAGAUGGAUGAGAUUGACCAGAGUCACAAGAGAGCCUGCGUCAACCUGGAGAAGGCGACCCAGUGCAUCACACAUGCAUUACAGCGUGAAGUGGCAAGGAAUCAAGAGCUCUGCAUGCUGAUUCGUCGGAUGGAGGAGAGAGAGGCGGAGUUUGGGCAGAGCCUCGCAGAGGAGGCGGAGUCAAAUCAUCAGCUGAGGUUGAAGAUUGAGGAACUACAGAAGCAACUGGAGGAGAAAGACAACUCACUCUCAAAGGCCAAACAGCUUGAGGUCGGUCGGAACCAGGAGCUCUGCGUGCUGAUUCGCCGGCUGGAGGAGAGGGCGCCGGAGACUGGGCGGGGCCUGAUUGAAGAGGCGGAGUCAAACCAGCUGCUCCGGCUGAAGAUCACAGAACUGCAGCAACUCCUGGAGGAGAAGGACCACUCACUCACCAAGGCCAACCAGACUGUGACUUCCCUGACUGAAGAACUCCAGAACGUCUUCCAGCAGCUCCAAAGCCAGCCAAGUAGUCACGGGAGAUUCCAGGAAGUGGAUGAGUGUCUGCAGGAUGGAGGGAUCCAACUCAAGCUGGAGGCAGAGCCCAGCUCCUACUCUCCGCUCCACACACACACUCACGGACUCGAGACUCCGCCGGUCCGGUCCGCGUGCCACAGUCCGCCCGUCUCCGGCGGCAACCAGAGCCCUUACGACCAGAGGCUGCAGGAGUCUCCCAUCUGUUUGAUUAAAGAGGAAGAGGACGAGGAAGAGGGUGGGGCCCAUGGAUCGUACAGUCAGUCUGUGGUGGAGGGAACUGACCUUACGGCAGAAGAGAUCUAUUCAUCAGAGGAAAGCAAAACUGAACUGAUACAGGCGCUGCUGUUGGCGCCGCGCUCCCGGCCUCAGGCGGCGGGUCCAGCUGGCACUCCGCUGGUCGUCAGGCAGAGCAGGACAAGGGCUUCGACGUCGCUGGUGUCGUGUGACGGGAAGCGGCUGCUGGAGGCUCCAGUCUCUGAAGAUGAGGACGAUGAAGGUGGCGCUGGUGAUUAUACCAAUGAAGACUCAGGGAAAGGAGUUCACCCAACAGGAGCAUCCUCCUUCUCUGAACUCAUGCGGGUUAUGGAGAUGGGUCGUGAGCUAGCCGGAGACCUCUGUCCUGUUUGUGGAGACAAGGUUUCCGGCUUCCAUUACGGUGUCAAAACAUGUGAAAGCUGCAAGAGCUUCUUCAAGAGGACUGUUCACACCAAUAAGAUCUACAACUGUGUGAAAACCCAGAACUGCCGAAUAGACAAAAUCCUUCGACAGCAGUGUCCUUUCUGUCGCUUCAAGAAGUGCCUAGGGGUCGGGAUGAGGCUAGAAGCUAUCCGUGCUGCCCGUGUGCGCGGCGGCAGGAAUAAAUUCAGUCCCAUAUACAGCGCUCUGAGGAAGCCGAAGAGGGCGCCGUGUUACCAGGACGACGAAUGCAACUCUUAAUCCCGACACCAGAGAGCGCUGUGUUACCAAGAAGAGGAAUGCAACUCUUCAUCCCGACACCAGAGAGCGCUGUGUUACCAAGAAGAAUGUGACUCUUAAUCCUGACACUAGAGGACGCUGUUUCCCCCAAGACAUUUGAUUAUUUUUUAUUACUAAGUGGUUUCCAGAAAUGAUCUCAGGUCGGACUCGAACCUGAUCCCCUCCGAAAGGCUAUUGUUAUGUUCUGUCCACUUCCAUGGAGAAUGGUUUGGCAGGACCAGGAAGUGUUCACCACAAUACUGAACUGUGAGAAAGACUCCACUUUGGAAUUGCGUCAUCAAAGGAAUCAGGUUCCCUAUGGUCAUAGAGAACUAUAUGUUUAACAUAGAACAUAGAAAAGAAUUACGUUUGAUUUUUGUUGAAAAAAGACAUUUGGCUCGACCUCAAGAUUUUAUGUGCCCAGUAUGGGUGGUCAUGGAAAUGUAAUUAAGUAACUUAAGUACCCGACACAUCAUAGAAACAUUGGAAAUGUAAUUAAGUACUUAACCAAGUAACUUAAGUACCCGUCACAUCAUAGAAACAUUUCUUUUUUUUUUAAAGAAAGAGAAAAAUGUCUCAGGGUUCUUAGCCCAAUAUUCAUCAUGAACAUAUUUCAGAAUUAACCUUAAAUUUAAAAUACUGUCAGAUUAAGCAGAUGCAAAAUUUCAUCACAUUCAUUUCAGGAAAUUCAGGAAGUGAAUUAAGACUCUGAUCGUUUUCACCUAUUUUACUAGGCUGGGUGAUCCCUGCCUGAACUUCCGGUGAAUUUGUCCGGGAGUUCAGGCUGGAAACCUGCACAUCUAUCUCCUCUGUUUCCUGUCAGAACCUUUGGCUCCAAUCAGAAACUAGCUUAUCCAAAAGACGCACCGGAUCGUUGGUCUAAUUGGUUGAAGGACUAUCCAAGUGUACGGAGUCAUUUGAACGAUGCCCAUUGAUCAUGCCUCUUAUGCAGUAGAAACAAAGCGUAGCCUCCCCAGACUAAUGUUCAAGCUUAAACGAUUGAGCAUAGUGUGGUGAUAGCCAGACUACUAUUGCAUUGGUCAGAGAAGCACUGCACGUGCACUGGCGCUGACCUGAUUGCCGCUUUGGGCGUUCGAUUCCGUUAGAUUCCGUUGUUCGAAAUACAACUCUGAGGUACACCAGCACCGCGCUUUGCUGAUGUCGCAUUGGAGAUCGUGAUUGGGUUCUAUUUGGUCGGUGCCGCUCCAUUGCACAUCCAGAACUUGAAAACGCUGAGUGAGUUCUGUGAACAACGUUUGGGGGACCACCACAUACUGAUCGUCGUAAUAACGAAUCUGGGCCAGAACCGCUGCUGUUCUGGCCCAGAGUCGCUGCUGUUGAGGCCCAGAGUCACUGAUCUAUAAAGAAUACCUGGAUAGACUAUCUCAUUGUUGCUGACCCAUCAACAAUGAAGCCAAUGGAACUGUCCCGAGUGGUCCCAUAAUGGCGGCGUGGUGUUCCAAUUCCAUUGUUGCAGAACGGCAACAUUCUUUUACUGUCUUUUACUGUCUAUGCAUUCCUAUGGCAAGUGGUCCCAUAAUGGCCGCCGCCAUGUAGUCUUCAGAAUUUUGACGUAGAUGCUCUAUCCAGGUAUUCUUUAUAGAUCAGUGCCCAGAGUCAGCCGGUGGAAGGCAUAUGCAUGGCUGCACAGCUGGCUUGGUGCUGUUCACUACAGAAGAGAGUCGUGACACAGAAUGGAUAACCAGGGUAAUUUACUUUGUUCACUACAGAAAAGAGUCGAGUCAUGUUUACAACCUUAAAGAUGACAAGGAAUGGAUGAACGGGGUAAUUUACUUUGUUCACUACAGAAAAGAGUCGAGUCAUGUUUCCAACCUUAAAGAUGACAAAGAAUGGAUGAACGGGGUAAUUUACUUUGUUCACUACAGAAAAGAGUCGAGUCAUGUUUCCGACCUUAAAGAUGACAAAGAAUGGAUGAACGGGGUAAUUUACUUUGUUCACUACAGAAAAGAGUCGAGUCAUGUUUCCAACCUUAAAGAUGACACAGACUAGAUGAACGGGGUAAUCUACUUUGUUCUCUGAUGUUAACAUAGAUCGAACUUGAACUGAGACUAGUCACCAAGCCCAUUAGCCCUAUACGGACACUGGGGAACUCAGUUAACCCGAUUUAGCUGAUAGAUAGCUCCUCCUCCCUAUCUGGCGCCCACAAUCAUGUUUCUGGUUCAUGGUAUCAUUGAGCCACUGGACUAUUAUUAGUUGUAUUAUGAUGUCGGAUGUGUAAGGGAUAAUGGACUCCACGGCUUUCGAUUCACAGAUAUAAAAGCUCGUUAGAGGUUGUAAAAACAGGCCAAAACACACAGCGGUUUACACCCUGUCAUUUUUUCUCUGAACCAAACGCUGAACAGUCCAUUUCCCUGCUUAUUCCACUGUUGCCACUUGUGUUGUGUUCAUUUCCUGUUAUAAUUUAAAUGUUUUAAUCGCUAAAGUUGUCUUGUUUGUAGAACUUCUUCUUUCCAUCACAUAUCAACUAAUUUCUCAACUUGCAGGACAAACUGUCAUUACUAGUUCUAAAUGGACGGGCAUAUCCCAGGAUUCUGAUGAACCUUCGCUGUGAAACAUCGCUAUUUUAAUUAGCCUACUGCCAUCCAACUAGCUAAAAGCCACUCUUGUCAUAUGCCAAAUGUUGCUUUGUUCUGAACGCCUGUACUUUACAGCUGGGAUGCAAUGUGACGGUUCAUUUAAACUUCACAAGUUUGACAAAUUGGCCAAAAAAAUUGAUCUAGUUCAUAGGUGUGCAAAUAGCAUUCGGUCAAUACACAUUUUGAAGUAUGGAGCCUAGGAGGCGUCAUUGCUAGAUAUUUUUGUGUAUCAAUAGAAUGUGCAUACUAAAUGGAGGUCUCAUUAUUGUGUGCACAAUCUAGUAUAUUGUGUACCCUUUUUUUUUUUACGAAAUAGUGUGCAAGUUGUACUAAAUAGUGUGCUCCUUUUACGAAAUUGUGCUCUCACAACAAUUAAAAAGAGAGCACAAUAUGGUCAAAAGAACACACAAUUUACUAAAAUGAGCACACACUACACUAGAUUGUUUGCACAAUAAUGAGACCUCAAUUUAGAACAACGAGGGCACAAAUUGCUAAAAUCGAGCCCACAUUCUAUCGAUACACAAACAUAUCUUGCAAUGAGACCUCAAUGUAGUACAACGAGGGCACAAAUUGCUAAAAUCGAGCCCACAUUCUAUCGAUACACGAACAUAUCUUGCAAUGAGACCUCAAUUUAGUACAACGAGGGCACAAAUUGCUAAAAUCGAGCCCACAUUCUAUCGAUACACGAACAUAUCUUGCAAUGAGACCUCAAUUUAGUACAACGAGGGCACAAAUUGCUAAAAUCGAGCCCACAUUCUAUCGAUACACAAACAUAUCUUGCCAUGACCCCUCCCGGGUUCCGUACUAAAGAACGCAGGAAAGGAAAUUCAACCAAACAGUGGAAUAAUACAUUAUGAUCCAUGUGAAUCGAGCGGAUUAUGUUAUGAGUUGUAUUAUGAUGUUGGAUGUUACAUUGUAAUAUAAAUGCAGACCCUACAUUUCUGAUUGCAUUAAAGAAAAAAAAAAAACUUUUUGAUUCUUA